GGGUAGUACUGAACAUGUGCUUUAGCGCAAACGCGACCCCAGGUUUGUUUGCUCUAAUGUAGCUGAGCUUGCUAGCUUUCUGAAUGUAAAAUGCUAACAGUAACGACUAGCUAGCCCCUUUCGCCCAUUUUGUUUUGCUUGUUAUGCGGCUAGCUAGCUAGCAAGCUAAUUGCAGAGAUGGAUGACGGUGAAGAGCCGGGUUUAGUUCACUCUCACAGCUCUACUUCUGGGUCAAAAUCGAGUGGCGACAAGAUGUUUUCACUCAAAAAAUGGAACGCUGUAGCAAUGUGGAGCUGGGACGUAGAGUGCGAUACGUGCGCAAUUUGUAGGGUGCAGGUUAUGGAUGCAUGCUUGCGGUGUCAGGCAGAAAAUAAACAAGAGGACUGUGUCGUGGUAUGGGGAGAAUGCAACCACUCCUUCCACAAUUGCUGCAUGUCUCUCUGGGUGAAGCAGAAUAAUCGCUGUCCACUGUGCCAGCAGGACUGGGUCGUGCAGAGGAUUGGCAAAUGAAAUCACUCUUACUUCCCCAUCCUUCCGCUGUGAGUGAGGAUAGGAGCCCGGACUGAAUAUGACAACGUCUUAAAUACGUGUGUGCAUGUGAGCUGUCAUUCUUUGGAUGUUCAGAUAUAGAACAAGUGACCGAUAUUCUGAGGGAGACCUUGCCCCACCGUUUGGUGGAAAUGUCAGCCGGCACGGGGUAAUGCUGAAGGACUGAGGAGGAUAGAUACAGCUUUUGGUUUCUUUUUUUUUUUUUUGGUGCAAUAUGUUUUUGUGACAAAAGUGUUACUAGAAAUAAUAAAUAAUGUAAUCUUA